ACAAGUAUCCAUACUGUAUACAAAAGUCAUUGUACUUAGAUCUUCAAAAAACCUAUUGCAAUUUACCAUAAAUAAUACAGAACACUUUUUGUAGUCACUGUAGACUUUUCUCGUGGAACGAAUCAAUUUCGAGCCAUUCAAAGAAACUGUUCUGAGAAUGUAAGCCCAUCAUUUGCUCUUCAAAAGCCAUGGAAUCAGGUUGGACACUCGUUCGGCUGCUGUUAAUUCUAAAUUCCGUGAGAACAGAAGCUGGGAAUAGAGAGGAGUGGACUGGCAGGUUCCAUCCCAGGAUUUAUAAUGGCAUAAAGACGACUGUCGAAUCUCUUGGAGGAGUGGGCAUUCAGCUCUUCAAUGGGAGAAAGCUCGUCUGCUCCGCAACACUUCUAACACCGCGACACAUCCUUACGGCAGCCCAUUGUUUCGAAAACCUGAAUAGGUCUAAGUUCCACGUGAUCGGUGGAAAGUCAGCGGAAUUCACUUGGCACGGCAACAACUUCAACAAGAAUAAACUUAUAAGGGUGCAAAUUCAUCCGAAAUAUGCGAAAAUGAAAUUCAUCGCGGAUGUCGCGGUGGCGAAGACCAAGUAUCCCUUGAGGAGCAAGUACAUCGGCUACGCCCAGCUCUGUCGAUCGGUACUGCAUCCAAGGGAUAAACUCAUUGCAGCCGGUUGGGGAUUCGAAGGCGGCGUUUGGGAUGAGUCCAGGAAGAAAACAUUUCGCUCGAUGAAAGUUGGUAUUGUGAGUAAACGAGAUUGCGAGAAGCAGCUGGAUCGCAAGAUGCCACCCAAUAUCAUCUGUGCCGGUGCCUACAACAACAAGACUCUCUGCUUCGGCGACUCCGGUGGACCACUUCUGUUGGGGCGGCAAGUUUGUGGCAUCAACACGUGGACUUUCAAAUGCGGCAACAACGAAAAGCCAGACGUAUACAUGGGUGUGCGAUACUACGCCAAGUUUAUUAAAAGAACUAUUAACAGAAUGGGCUUUUGAAGAAAUUUAUUUGAGUAUCACAAAAUAAAAAUACUGUCUAUCUAAGUUUACAACUUAGUCAUAAAUU